AUGACGAAAGAUAAGAAGCUCGGCCGGAUGUCCACGACAUCGGAGAAGCGCCGCUCCUUCAUACCCGGCGGCAGCAGUAGCGCCAACAACACCAGUGGGGGUAGCAAUAGCAACGCCGGAAGCUCGAGUACCAGCUCAAACAAGUCGCCAGGCGGCUCGAGCACGCACAUUCUACAUACUUCAAAUCCCCGGAACAGCAGCGUCGCAUCAGCAGCGGCAGCGGCAGCAAACAUCAUCGCCCCUCCGCCUCGCGCACACCACGCCCCAGCGAGCUCGUCUACGCCUCUCAACCCGGACGAUGCAGGCACUUCACGCGAGUCUUCUGGCAAGGAUGCCAAGGACAAAGAUUCAAGAUCAAAGGAUACUUCGAGUGGCAGCGGGGGAACUACUGCCGUCAACAUGACCAGCAGUAGCAGCAGCGGCGGCGGCGGCAGCGGCGGCAACACGUCGAUAUUGCUAAAGGACAAGGACGCCCGCAUAGCCCACCUCGAGCGUGAGCUAGAGAUAAUGGAGCAGGAGUUUACGCGCGAGCUUGACAAACUCUCUCAGAACGAGAGUGAGACGGCGGUGUUUUGGCAGGCGAAGCACAGCGACCUUAACCAGCAGUUUCUCCGUGCUGACGCGGACUUGCGGAUGUUGAGGCAGGAAGGUGAGACCCGGGACGCCGACAGAGAUGCCUUACGCCGAGAGGUCGGGGAGCUGCGCGCGCAGGUGCGUGGGCUCAAGGAGUUUGUAAGCACGAGCACGCGGAUGAGCGGCCAGACUUCUGACGAGGUCUUUUGUGAAGGCAUGGCGAGGUUGGGGAAUGGAUUACAGAAUUGGAUUAUUGUCAACUUUCGCAGGGCUAAAUUAGACAUUGCUGGCGCCGAUGAGGAGGCGCGUGAAGAGCUGGGUCGUCUGGUGCCCAUGUAUGCGGACCUCGAGGCCACGGCCAAGGUUCACAUGCUACAAUCGCUCGUCUCGAAGCUUCUUGUGGACAGCGUUUUCAAUUAUUACUUUUUCGGCCUACCUAAAGAGCAGGCAGAUCAGUUCAAGGCUAUGGAGGAAACGCUUGCUAGUUAUGUGGAAUCCCCAGAAGCGCUAAAUAACUGGCGCUCCUCCACCCUCGCCCUCAUCCAGCGUGAGGCGGAAGCCAAGAUGCAAACAGAAACAUCAGCAGCGAUGGAGAGCGUUAUCGCUCGCGUAAACGGCAUCCUCGACGCCGUGACGGACGUAAAGGCGACCGAGGCCCGCGACACGGCACUCCGGGCUCUAGUCGGCAGCGCGGCGGACCUUGCGCGGCAGCUCGCCGUGCAAAAGGCCGUAUUCAGGAUCCACAUGCCCGACAUCGUCCCGCAUCAGCAGACAAAGUUCGACGCCGCCACUAUGGAGGAUAUUGGCGGGGAGGACGAGGAGGCCCUUGCACAGCGCGAUAUCGCCUGCGUCACAUUUCCCGGCAUUAUCAAGCGCGGGGAUGAGAACGGCGGACACAUGCAAUACGAGAAUGUCAUUGCCAAGGCUAGGGUACUUUGUAGUCCCGAAUGA